CAUACAGUUGCUAAGACUUUAAGAAAAAAGUUAAAAUUAUUAUUAAUAUAAUGGCUAAAGAAAAUUCUGCUGGCUUAGAAUACGCGUAUUCUAGUGUUAAUCAAAAAAUAGAAAGCAAAGAUUUUCAAAAUGAUAUUAAAGGCACAGUUGAUUUUUAGGACCGACAAUUGGAAUUCGUCACUUGCAAUGCUUACUAUUAUUCGCGCUUUCCUUUAUCGCAUUUGGUUUUCGAGUAAGUCUUUCUGUGGGAAUAGUUGCCAUGACUGAUCCUUCGGUAAACAAAAACCCAGAUAUACCAAAUUACCCCGGCUGGACAAAAAUGAAUUAUAUUCAAUCAGCAUUCUUCUGGGGCUAUAUGGUACCGCAACUCCUUGCGGCCUAUGUAGCAAAGAGGUAUGGACCAAAGUGGUUUUUAAUUGGAUGUGUACUAGUGCAAUCAUUAUUAAGUUUUGCAACUCCAGUUACUGCUGCUUAUUUCGGAGAAGUUGGAAUGAUGGCCAGCAGGGCGAUUUAAGGUUUUUGUCAAGGUUUUAUAUUUCCCUCGUUGGCUCAUUUAUUGAGUCGUUGGGUUCCUCCACAGGAAAGAUCAAAAUUAGGAUCUGCUGUUAUGACAGCGGGAAAGGGAGGUACAGUAUUCGCUAUAUUAGUGACAGGCUUUAUUGCUGCAAGUGUUUAUGGUUGGCCAUGGGCUUUUUGCCUAUUUGGCAUCAUUGGUAUAAUUUGGUGUAUUUGUAUGGUUUUUUUCGGAUAUGAUGUACCCGCAAAAGAUCCAAGAAUUUCCUUGACUGAAAGAAAAUAUAUUGAAGAAAGUACCGGAAUAGCUGAACAUCAUGUAGAAACGCCGUGGAAAAAAAUUAUUAAAUCUAAGCAUGUUUGGGCUCUAUUUGUGGCUCAAACAGGAAAUAACUACUGUUUCUGGACCUUGCUUACUCAAAUUCCGACAUAUAUGAAUUACGUCAUGAAUUUUGAUAUGAAACAUAAUAGCAUAUUGUCAGCAUUACCUUAUUUGACUUUUUGGCUUUUGGGCUUUGUUUUUGGACCAAUAUCUGACAUUCUAAUAAAUAAAGGAGUUGUUACAAGGGGUGGAGCUAGAAAAAUAUGUAACUCCAUAGGCCUAAUGGUUCCGGCAGCAGCCUUAAUAGCACUAGGUUUUACAAGUCAGGAUCGGCAAGUGCAAGGUGUUAUUCUUCUUAUAAUAGCAGUGGGUUUCAAUGCUGCCUGUUUUUCUGGAUUUGCUGUAAACCAUAUGGAUCUUUCUCCCAAUCACGCCGGGAUUCUUAUGGGCUUAUGUAAUGGAUGUUCUCAAAUUACAGGUGUAUUGGCACCAAUUAUUGUGCAGUUGUUUGUUCCUAAUCUUCGAGACCACCUUCAGUGGAGAAACGUAUUUUUUCUAGCAGCAUCUAUAAACGUUUCGACAGCAGUGAUUUUCAUUCUAUUUGGAAGCGGUGAAGUCCAACCCUGGGAUAUUGAAGAUGCCGAAGAAAACAAAGAAGACAAAAAAUGUCAACUUUAAAGUAGAAAGAGAAGAAUCUUUUAAGAAAAAUUUCUUAAAAAGUUUAGUAUGCCAAUUGCCAAUUUUUAUCCAGAUUUUAUGGAAAAAUUGCAACCAAUAUUAUGUUCCUAACUUAUAUGUUUGUAGUGUUCAUAAAUAUUUUUUAUAAAUAUAUUGUUUUUUCUUUUA